AUGAUGUACCUACGCCAGAUCCUCACCUUGGCGCUGGUGACUUGCGCCUACGCUCGUCCGGUGGCACAUGAAGAAAUGGCCAGUGCACUCAGCUCUAAGGACCAUACCAGCCUCACAGGUUCUGAUGAGGGGCAUGAGGGUGUUAUGAGACAGGGAGGUCUCGAGCCUGCCCCCAUAGGUCAGUCGAACGACAAUCCCGACGGCGGGUAUGUCGGUGCAUACGAGAGAGACUAUGUGGUCAACAGCCCAGAUGGAGGCUACGAGGGUCAGGGUGGCGACGGCUGGCGCAAGACAGACAUCCCUUCAGCUAGCAAUGCCGCCGGCGGCUACGAGGGUCGUACAGGGGGUAAGAGUGCUCUCGAGCCUGCCCCCAUAGGUCAGCCAAAGGACAAUCCCGACGGCGGGUAUGUCGGGGCAUACGAGAGAGACUAUGUGGUCAACAGCCCAGAUGGAGGCUACGAGGGUCAGGGUGGCGACGGCUGGCGCAAGACAGACAUCCCUGCUGUUAGCAACCCAGAGGGGGGCCACGUAGGUGAUGAGGGCUUCCACAAGGGAGACGUCCCUGCAGUUAGCAACCCAGAUGGAGGGUCUAGCAACCCAGACGGGGGAUAUGUGGGCCAAGGUGCAGGAUAUUAG